UGCGCUUCAGGCAAUGGUGGCGCUGCGAGUGCCUCCUGCCGCUUGGUAGCGUUUGGAAGCGACUCGCCGCUGAGGUCCAAGCAGCCGUUCGUUUCGUGUAGGGCGGCCGGGAAAGGUUCCUGAGCGCUGAGCGCGGCGCCCCGCAGGCGGAGUGGGCGGGCUGCGCUGGGCCGGUGUGUGCCCGGCGCGCGCCAGAGGUCCUGCACAGCCGCCGCCGUCGCCUGGAUGCCAGAGGCUCCCCGGGAGCCGGCGGCCAAGGGCACUCAGCGGCAGCUGGAGGAGGAGGAAGAAGAGGAAGAGGAGGAAGAAGAAGAGGGCGACGAUCCCGGGCGCGGAGCGGGGGGCCUUUCCGGGGCAAGCUGAUCCUGGCCAUGGCCUCCAACUUUAACGAUAUAGUCAAGCAAGGCUACGUGAAAAUCCGCAGCAGGAAGCUCGGGAUUUUCAGGAGAUGCUGGCUGGUCUUCAAGAAAGCUUCAAGUAAAGGACCUCGAAGGCUAGAAAAAUUUCCAGAUGAGAAGGCAGCAUAUUUCAGAAAUUUUCACAAGGUAACAGAGUUACACAACAUCAAAAACAUAACCAGACUGCCUCGAGAAACCAAGAAGCAUGCAGUAGCAAUUAUCUUUCAUGAUAAGACAUCAAAAACAUUUGCCUGUGAGUCAGAGCUUGAGGCAGAAGAGUGGUGCAAACAUCUUUGCAUAGAAUGCCUUGGAACUAGACUUAAUGAUAUAAGCCUUGGUGAACCUGAUCUACUUGCUGCUGGAGUUCAAAGAGAGCAAAAUGAACGAUUCAAUGUAUAUCUUAUGCCUACACCAAAUUUAGAUAUCUACGGUGAAUGUACAAUGCAGAUUACACAUGAAAACAUUUAUCUCUGGGAUAUCCAUAAUGCUAAGGUUAAACUGGUCAUGUGGCCUCUCAGUUCUUUGAGAAGAUAUGGGCGUGAUUCAACAUGGUUCACUUUUGAAUCUGGAAGGAUGUGUGACACAGGAGAAGGGCUAUUUACCUUUCAGACAAGAGAAGGUGAGAUGAUCUAUCAGAAAGUCCACUCUGCAACCUUGGCAAUAGCUGAGCAACAUGAAAGAUUGAUGAUGGAGAUGGAACAGAAAGCACGGCUUCAGACCAGUUUAAUUGAACCAAUGACGUUACCUAAGUCAAUCUCACUUCCUCGUAGUGCAUACUGGCAUCACAUCACUCGGCAGAACAGUGUGGGAGAAAUAUAUAGUUUACAAGGGCACAGUCUUGCAAAGGUGGCUCGUGCACAGACAUUUCCCAGCUACACCUCAGAACAGGGUGAGGAGCAUGAGCCACGCCUGUCCCUUUCCAGCAGCUAUGGAUUCAGCUACAGCUCGGACCUUGUGCAAUGACACACAUCUGGUGUUUGAACAGAGAGACACUCUAACGUGGAACCUACCCGCAAGACCUGGAAGCCAUUGAUCUUUCUUUGGGUGUCCUGAGAAGACAGUUGGUAGUGAAAACCGAGAAGUCUCCCGCCUGAUGACAGUGGAAGUGAAAGCUUGGAUCACUGCUUCACUUGAGGCAGACGUCUAAGUCUUUUAUUUAUUUAAAUUUUAUAGUUGUUUUUGUCCAUGUUUUUUUAAAAGAAGAAUUCCCUUGAAAACCAUGGAUGUAUGCAGCUGAUGUUUCUGCAUAACCACAAACAUUAUGUGCUCUAAGAGGGUGGAUGUCAUGUUUGCAAUAUUAGGCUUUUGAUCACCUCUGCCAUCAGAUCUGCUUGUCCAUGACAGUAACCACUUUUAUCUCCAAGGCAUCAGCCUGGCUCAUUCUUAAAUGUUAACAAAACUUCAAAGGGUUUGGAAGGCUUCCUUCCGAUAAUUAUGCACAUUUUAGUCCCAUUAACCUCCAUGGGAUUUAUGCAUGUCUAUCUUUAGGACAAUAGCCUAAAGUUUCACUUGUGAGAAAAAGCCAGUGACUCUUAAUCAGAUUCUCAUUAUUAAAAUUAAUACCCAAGAUAGAUAAAUAGAUAGAUACUGUCAAUGGGAUGGCAUGGUGAUGCUUAGUAGCCUUUCAGAAAAUAGAUUGUGUCGUGUUAUUAAGAGGUAAUUUGCCUAGAAUAUUUGCCACACUGAAUUUUUAUGCCCAGACUUGCUCUUAUCUAUGUGCAUUCUGAACCUAAUAAUCCACAGCUUUCUACUGGGAACAGUGGUUAUAGAUGUCAAGGAAGACCGUGUUUACAAUGCACUUGUCAAAGUCUUCCUUUUGUAGAUAAUUUUUGGAUAGUUGAAUUUGUAGUCAGUAUACUUUUAACCCUGUAUACUGUGCAGGUAAGAUUUGACCUCACAUUACUUGAUGGCAGCCCAACAUUCCAUAGUUUUACACAGCAAGAUGCCUGGCGGGUAGAAUAAUUUCAAGAGCAGUUGUUCUUAUGGAGGUCUUUUAGGCAACAACAUGGAUUUUCUCUCUUCCUUAUACAGCACAGGUGUCAAACUUGCGGCGUCACAUUGCUGUCACGUGAUACAAUGCAACGUUUUUCCCCUUCAUGGAGCUGGGAUGAGCGUGGCCUGUUGAUACCCCUAUUAUACAGCAUUCAUUUUGUGGUGGAUUCCCUGUACUAAUAUGUUACUCAGUUUUACCCAGGUCAUACAUACAGAUCCAUUUUAUUACAGGUAGUCCUCACUUAACAACCACUGUUGGGACAGGCAAGUCUGUCACUAAGUGAUGUCACCUUCAAGCGAAGCAUCAUGUGACUGCAAUUUGCAAUUUCCUGCCAGCUUUUCCAUUGACUCUGCUUGUCAGCUGUGAAGUGAACAAAUAGCAAUGUGCAACGAUUAUAGAAAUGCUUUAACAGUCAUAAGCAUGUGGCAAGCGCGUGUGGCAUAAAGUUAUUUGUUCAGUACUGUUACAACUUUGGUCAAUAAACAGGACACUUGUUAAGUGAGGAUUAUCUGUAAACAAUGACUUUUUAGUCCUUCCUACAAUCGCACGGAACUGGAUUGUUUAAAACUGCAGAGUCUUUUAUUGGCAUAUUUUGCCUAUUUCAAAUUUUUCCAACUCUAUAAAACAAAUGGUGAUAACAAUGAGUAGGAGAAGUGAAACUAUUGAAGAUCUGAGUAUUUCAGAAAAAUAUUUUUGAAAUCCAACAUGUGUCAUGGUUAUACUAAUUUGUCAGAUUUAGCUCCAUUUCUUCAGGUUUUUCAUCAAUACAAUAUCAUUUGUUACCACCCUCUGUACCCCUCAUAUGUUACGUUUGAAUAUUAUUCCGUACCAAAACCAAAAUUUUGCAAACUGAGGAUGUCAACAUUGAAAAUAUGAUCAUUGAUUAUCUUCAAGCACUAGAGAAAAGGGACACAAAAAUGGCCUUGUGCAGUUGAUCUCUAAAGCAAAUCUGGCCAUUUGGAAUGCAAACUACUUAGAGUGGCAUUUUUAACUACUUUGAAUUGAGUUUAGAAGCAAACUAAAUUAGAUCAAAGAAAUAUUGAAACUUGAAACACAUGCUUCACAUAAUAGUCCCCUUGCCAAAAGAAUCUGGCAAUGUUAUUCUGCAUUCCAUACAAUGUUUGAAUGUCUGGUAUCACCCUUCAGGGUAAAAGAGGUUUUUUCUUCAUUUUUGCCUAUAGCCCAAUUCUAAACUGAUUAAAAUAAAAUAAAGUCACAGUCACAGCAGUGGUAAAUGCUCGUGUGUAAUUUAUCUAAGGCAUCAACCUUGAAGUCAUUUCCAUGGUAGAACAAGGUCAGAAGAACUAAAAUAAAGUAAAGCUUUGUACUGGAGCACAUCCAAUGUAUGGAUCUUCUCCCCCACAGGCAUAUACUCAAGAAUGUUAUUUUUGAGAAAGCCUGAAUCUUUGGUAAAUGUUGUGACUUGCAAAUAAAUGGCACAGAAAGAAAUCAAGUAGGGUCCCCACCCUUUUUUGAGAUGAAAUAGCACUCACGCUGUCCAUUAAAAUGAGAUGUAUAAGAAAUCAGUUGAGAUGUAGGCAUGGUGAAACAAAAAUGAAAGCAAAAAGAAAAUUUUCCUAUCCAGGAUCUUUAAUCCUCCAUAAAUGUUGUCAAAACAAACACAUACAGUGAGCAAUCAUCAGAAAUUAUUUCCUGCCAGCAGGCUGCUCCAUCAUUGAAGUUUCUGCUUUUCAUUGUUUUAUCAAACCAGCACAGAACAUGUUGAAAGGAAGAGAAUCGAGUUUCCCAUUCCACUAAAAGAUCAAGUUUUAUCUACCACAGUUCGAUGGAAAGAAUUUUGCUUUUAUUCCUUUUGUAAACAAUGGGAAGGAAAUGUCUACUUCAAUUAAACAUUUCUUAAUACAUUGCAAUGGAAGAUUUUUCUUACCCAAGCUUUUCUUGCAGUCUAAUCCCUUGCAGGCUUAUACACCUCAGUGAAAAGCUGCUGAAUGAAACUAGUGGGUGAUCUGAUGAAAUUAAUCACUCUUCCCUCCAUGACAGCAUCUCUUCCCCUUAUUUUCUUUUAUCUUGCUCACCAUGUUUCCACUGACCAGACAGAGCAAGUUCCUCUGCAGGAGAAUGAUAAGCUACCUAUUACAACAAUGCAAAAUUACUGUUUCUGGUUGUGCUAACAUGCAACUGUUCUCUUGCUGUAGCUCUCAUCAUCCAUUUGACAAUUUUGGUAUGAAAUCACGCUCUUCUGGAUUAAUUAGGGUAUUAGUCAAUGUCACUAUAUAUAAAUUAUAUUCAUCCAAACAAGUUUUCUUUGAACUUAAAAGGAGGGAAAAUACACAGAAUGAUUUCCACUGAAUGAUUUCAAAAUGACUAAAAUUGAUCUCAUGUCCCAAACUAGAAUUGCCUCUAGAUACAUUUUUGAAAUAAUCCAUACUAUUGUUCUUUAUUUUCCCAUCAGAAAAUAACACUCAGAAAAGUCUCCUAUAUUCCCACUACAUAAUUCUGUGAGGUUUCAUUAUCAGAACCUGCUUUCAUUUAUCCAUCCUUUUCAGAAUUGCUAGGAUGGUGAACUUCAGUAACAGUAACAGAGUUGGAAGGGACCUUGGAGGUCAUCUAGUCCAACCCCCUGCUCACACAGGAGACCUGUGCUAGGGAUUUGAACUGCUGAACUGCCAACCUUUCUAAUCGACAAGCUCAGUGUCUUAGCCACCUAGUCAGCAGGUGUCAGUUACAGUCAGCUAGAGUCCAACAAAAAACAAUGCAACAGGCACAGAAACAUACAAAUACUAUGAAUGCAACUUUUUUUUCAAUGAAGUGUCUUUCGUAUAUUAAUUCCUAAACUUCCCAGCUAGCAUUCCUACAUUACCUAAGGGCUGCGGUUCUAACACUCCUAUACAGUGCCAUUUAAGGAAGGUCAACCUAAUGCAAGCUAUAUCAUAAAACCCUGAGUGUCUGUUUGAUAGUAACAGCCCUUCGAGUAAUGUCAUGUAAUUUACUUAUUCUUAGCAUCGCCUGUAAGAGCAACAUUUCACAAAAUGUACAGUUUCUAAAACUCUUCAGGGAUGGCCAUACUUUGAAAUGCCCUUAAAUGAGCUAAACUGUUAAAAGAAAACAAAUAUGUGUACUUGGGUCUAAUCAAAGGGGAGGGGUAUCCAGAUGAGAAAGGCAAAGCAAUAGCUCACAUUACCGAAUGGGUUUAGUAGAGCAUGCAGCCUUGCACAUCUAAACGGUCUUGCUGUUUCCCAUUCACCCGUGGGAAACAAGCUAUUCCACUGCACGGAGUUUUCUAGUUGACAGGCAGCCAGAUCUAUUGACCAAGGACCCUGUUAGAAUUCUUUGUACUUGACCAGCAAGACUGUUCUAAUUCAAGAAGAAUGCUCUCAAGAUUACUUUGGAUGUACGUUUCUUUUCAAAGAAUUCUGCAUGACCCUGGUGGGGUUCUAAGACAGGAUAGUCUUGGGGAGAAAGUGUGGUUUUUUUUCCCCAUUUCAUGUACAUGAACUAAAUUACAGGUAAUCCUUGACUUACAACCAUUCAUUUAGUGACCAAAGUUAAAAUGGCACUGGAAAAAAGUGACUUAGAACUAGUUUUCACACUUACGACCACUACAGCAUUCCCCAUGGUCCUGUGAUCAAAAUUUGGGUGCUUAGCAACUGGCACGUAUUUGUGACAAUUGCACUUUCCUGAGGUCAGGCAAUCACCGUUUGUGACCUUCCCAGCUGGCUGCCAACAAGCAAAGACAAUGGGGGAAGCCAGUUUCACUUAAUGACCACAUUGUUCACUUAACGACUGUGGCGAAAAGUUGUAAAAUAGGAUGCAAUUCGCUUAACAACUUUCUUGCUUAGCAAUAGCAAUUGUGGGCUCAAUUGUAGUCGUAAGUCAAGGACCACCUGUAUACUGCACCAUACUAUGUGAAGUGCAUCUCUGCAUGCCCGAUUCAAUGGUUUCACGGAAUGGAGAGUUCACUCAACAUUCUAUAGUGACCACUGAAGACAACUGCUGAUCAAACCAAAACAUAAAAAUGAAAGGUCUGUAAAAGGAAAUCUAAACACUGAAAUUAAUAAUGGUCAUAUUAUGUUAUCCUGAAGUUGUAAAUCUGAGUUAUUGAAAGAAAUAGAUUGCUUUGCACCAAUAUCCCAUCAUCAUUCUGAUAGAAAUCGAAGACAAGGUUUUGGUCUCCAUCUAAAUUAGAUCCCCUCUCCUUAUUCUUAAUAAUAUUUACAAACAUGCGUUUGUUAUCACAAGAAUUUUAUGACACCUGUAAGAUAUGCUUUGAUCUCUACAUGAUUGUUUAUUCACAAUUAACUGGUCCAGUCUAGUAAUUUAGUCUUUGGUUUUCAAUGAUGCUGUGAAGUUUGAAUACUGGAUUCAAGUAGGAUUAACACGAACUGCCUUCCUACCUCUUACUCAGUCUUUGCUAUUAUUUGAUACAGAGUGAACCUAGUUGUCAUCCCCUUUCCUCAGCUUGUUUCCCAAGAUAACAGUGAAUACUAAGAUCAUCCAUCAAUCCUCACUUUCUCCUUUCCCAUGUUGAUCUGCUUUUCAACCAUUUCAUUUUCCUUGGAGAAGCUAAACUAAGAAUCUCACACUUGAAAAUUCAUAAUGUAAAAUGUCAAUAAAGUUAAAUCAUUUUGGAGGAAGAGAAAAUUAUGAGCCAUAUAUAUUUCUCUAAGAUGUUGUUGAUUAUUUAAGAGAAGCUUCUGCCACCUUGGGUGAACGAAAGUUGUUUUAAGGGUAUAUGGGGCAGAAGCAGGAUUUGUGUGGCUUAAAAUGGCAUUCGGCUACUGUUCACUGAUGUGCUGUCUUGGCAGAAUGAUACAUUUACUGUUGUUUCUUGUUCUAUUAAUGGAAAGAUACCCUGCUCUUCUGCUCUGUGUGAUGUGAUGAUCCAGUUUUCCCUGUGAA